CGCGUGUGGAAAACGACAGUUUGGCAUUCUGUGCGCGACCGAGACGUUUUCCAACAAAAAUAAUCUCAAUAAUCACAUCGGUAACUGUACCAACCCUAUACUAAAACAAUGCAAGCCCAUUAUUAAAAGUGUGCCCGCUUAACGGCGCUGAUUUCAUCCGUGGGGGUGCGCUCGCUUGCGCUCGAAAUUCUAACCCACAACGAUGAAAAUAACUACCUCCUCAGUGCGCGCUCGAGGAAUGCAAAUAAAAACAUUGCGAGAACAUAUGUGAUGCGACUCGGCGGCGGGCGCAAGCACACAGUGAGAGGAUGAUCAAGGAGAAGCACGAGAAGGGCGCCGACGGCGGCGUCAAGGAGGAGCCGGGCGGCUCCGAGAAGGACCAGGCGCCUCCAGUCAAAAAGGAAGAGGACUCCGCGGCGAAAAACGGCUCCUGCAUUGGUUCAACAAAUUUGGGCUCACUCGGAGGGUCUCUGCAUGACGUUAAAACCGAGCAUGAAGAUGGUGAAUCAACACCAAUCAUUAAAGAUGAAAUUGAUUCCGACUUGCCUGCGGACGCGUUCAACAUGAACCUGGUGAGCAGCGCCAGCGGCGCCGCCGAUGGCGUCCAGUCGCUGCCAAGCAAUGUGAUCAGUAAGCAACCAAGCAGCAUGGAGGUGCAAUACAUGCAGCAGCAGAGUCAGAUAUUUGUGUUUAGCACCGUGCUGGCAAACACUGGCGCUGACGAAGUGCUGCAGGGUCGAUUCCCGUCGAUUAUCGCCUUCCACUGCUCGCAACCCGGCACAAAGAAGUACCUGGAGAAAAACCCGCUGAAGAUGGCGCAGUUCCAUCGGCAGGCGCACGGGAACUGGCCGGGCGCGCAAAUGACAAACAAAAGUAAUAAGUGUGUGAGUGUGCGGAGUCCUGCGCCGCCUCCGAUUAAACCGCCAGGUGCUGUACCUAAUGCGCCACCACCUAGUGGAGAUAGUUUGGACUUUCUCAGCGGAGAUCCUCUGGAGGAUAUCGGUGAUUUGCCAUGGGAGCAGAAGGAUGGCGAGAAUGGCCUUGGCGAUGAUAUGGAUAUGAAUGUGCAGCCGUCGCUGCAGGGUGUCAAAGUGCCUGACGAGAACCUCACGCCCCAACAGCGCCAGCAUCGAGAGGAACAACUCGCCACGAUUCGCAAGUUGCAUCAGAUGCUGUGCUCGGAUGGACCUGGCGGUCCUGGUGGACCUGGUGCGGAUGGUACCCCGCCAGGGCCACAACCUCAAGGUAAUCCACCACCUGGGCCAGAUGGUUUGGAUUUGCCGGGACCGCCGCCCAUGGAUUGGCAGAAGAUGCAGUACAAACCGGGACCGGGGCCUAGAACAGGCCCGCCCGGGCAAGGGCCGAGAUUGCAAGGACCACCGCCGCCCUAUCAUCAAACCCCGAGGUCGGCGAGUGUUCCCAUUGCGCUGCAGAGUCCGAAUCCGGCGUCGCCGAAUAAUCCCACCUCAAAUUUGUCGCUGCCGUCGCCAUCGCGGGCGUCGUCGGCGCUCAACUCACCGGCGGAUUCUGCGAGACCGUUUGGCCUGCAGCGACAUGUGAGCGCGACGGGGCAAAGCCCCACCUCGCAGGAUUCACCAUCGCGGCCCAAUCAUAGCAAUCCCGGGACGCCGAUUUCCUCGCAUCUCUCGCCGAGUGUUAAUACCAGUAGUGCCGAUACUAAUCCAACAUCAGAUGGAUUAUUUGGAAGAACAUUGCAAUCAAUGGCAGCCCAGCAAAAGCAAAUGGCGGUGCCCACGAGUGGUGGGCCCAAUAUGCAGCCGAAGGAGCCCAAUCUGAUGCCAGUGCCCUCUCCACAACAGAUUCAGUACUUGAAUGCGUUCGAGGGGCAAGAACUGAUUAUUCAGAAGCAGCCGAAUACUAGCCUGAACAAAGACGGCAACAUGAUUUCGCCACCAGUCUUGCCCACGACGAUGGACAGCGGAUUUCCCGGCAACGACAUGCACAACCGACUGAGCGGCCCCAACACGCCUACCUCCAUGGAUAUGGGGCCUAGGUUUCCCGGGACACCUUCGGACGGGUGUAGGUUUUCAGUGCCCAGUCCACACACACCCUCUGCAACAGAUAAACCCAAUAGGUUAAGCGGUUCGGGUCCGGGUCUAAGUCCACAGACCUCUGGCCCACCGUUGGGCGACCCGAUCAAAAACGAGAUGUUCCCGGUACCCUCGCCGCACAUGAUGGAUGUUCCUAGGUUCUCCGGGCCCAGCCCGUCGCCGGGUAAUAAGAUGCCCGGCGGCAAUUUUGUGAACGUGUCGCCUUCGGGUCCCGGCCCCGGCAAACCUAACCCGAUGGAGAUGGGCGGUAACUACGGAUGCGCACGCAAUGACAACGUUCCCCUCAACCCCAACUGUACCAACACCAUGAGCAAUCCAAAGGUGUCCCACUUUGACCCGAUCUCCUCGCUGGCGCAGAUGAGCCAGCAGCUCACCAACAGUGUCGCCAGCUCGUUGAAUGGUCAAGGUGGGCCCGGCCCAGGUAUGAUGAACUUUGGAUCGCCAGCAAUGCACAUGAUGGAUAUGGGCGGGUGUCACGGUAUGCCUGAUAUGGGUGAUCCUAUGGGGAUGGGGCAAAUGCAAGGACCUCCGCAUGGUCCACCACAUGGGUUUCAUCCCGGGUCGCCAAUGGGUGGUCCGAUUAGGUCUCUCUCGCCCAAGUUGCCUGGUGGUUUUGGUAAUCAUGUUGGUAUGAACAUGCCGCGCAUGAUGGGACGACCUCCGGGUCCGAAUCCCUACAACGGGGCCAAUGUGCAGGUGAAGCCUAACGCGCCCAAUACGAUUCAGUACAUGCCGGCGAAACCUCAAGGACAAGGCCCGCCACCUGGACCUAGAGGUCCGCCUUCGUUGGAGUUCCUUCAAAGGUAUGCUAAUCCCAUGGGUGGACCUGGCGUGCCCAACAUGGACGGGAAGAUGCCGCCAGGGCAGGGCAUGCAGUACUUUGGCGGAUGUGGACCAAAUGGUCCAAUGGGUGGUCAUAUGGAUGGGCCUAUGCAAGAUGGACCAAUGGGUCCCAUGGGCGGAAUGGGCAAUGGAGGCGGGCCGAUGAUGGGUGGUCCACCACCGAAUAUGGGAAUGAUGCCCAUGAUGCGACCAAUGCGUCCACCUCCACCUCAAGGUAUGAUGCGUAUGCCGAUGGGUUUCAAUGGCCCACCUAAUGGCCCCGGUGGUCCACCUCCUGAUGGCAUGUUCCAACCAGGCGGGCCGCCCCCAAAUGCGCAAAUGUUUGUCGGUGGGCCGAAAGGCAGUCCUAUGGGCGGAAUGGGCAUGGGUGGACCACCGCCGGACGCCGGCCAACCACUCCCGCCGUCGAUGAGUCAGAACAAUAGCUUUAAGAGCUCGCCGUUCGUCGGGCCCACCACCGCCGACCCCAACUACGCGCAGCAGUUCCACAACUUCCAGCAGCAGCUGUACGCGACCGGCACGCGCAACCCUAUGGGCGGGCCGCCCAUGGGACCCGGCCCGCCGCCCGGCCACCCGCAACAGGCGUACUUUAACCCCAAGUAGGGGCGGGGCCAGCCAUACACGACACCCUCUUGUUUAUCGGUAGAUUAUGUUAACACUAUUGCUCAUUUAAGUUUUACGUUUAUCCCAUUCAUCUGUUAAUCAUACUAUUAGUAAGUUGAUGAUCACGUCAUAAUCAAAAUGGACAGAUUGUAUUUAUGUUAUCUCAUAGUGUUAUUUAAACGAAUAAUUUUACGCAUAACACGCAGCCAGAUGAAGAGAAGAUACAAACAAACAAAAGCGACGCGCGUGCGUUGGCGCGAACGGGAUACAAAUCGAAUGUGACGACGACGACGCGAACGAAGAUACUAAUUAGUUGUAAAUAAAAUGUACAUACGCAUUCUAAUUACAAAUCGCUUUUAUUUUCAAUAAAAUGCCUUGCAAAAUUA